GACAGGAUUGGCCCGCUGGGCACAGGUCAACGAAGACCAUCAAGAUCACCUCGAAGUCAAAGAAGUCGCAGCGCCGAUGUAGAUUGUUUAAAAAAGUACACUGAGCGACGAGUAGAGGAAAGAAGGCACACAGAAGCUGGUGAAACCAGAUUAGAUCCUUCGCGAUGGAUACCACAGCCAAAGAAUAUUUCACGCAUCAAUCCUACAGCCAGAAAACAGACAGAUUCGGAAAAUCAUCGUCAGAACGAAGUAGGAAUUUCCAGAUUAGAAACUUCCAGGUGGUUACCGGCAAUACCAAAAAAAGUAUGUCCUGAACAAGAAAGAUAUAAGAUGCCAAGUGGUCCAGAGAAUUACGAGUAUCGCUCACCGAGACUACAGCACUCUACAGGUAGAUGUCAUAGCACAGAUGUGACGCUUUUUCAGAAGAGCAGAUGCAUAGAAGAGAGAAGACACACCGAUUGCACUGGUGACAGAAGGGCUGUACCUUUAAGAUGGAUGGCUUUGUCGCAAAGUACUUUACGCAGCAAUGCCCCCCAGCGAAAGAACGAAGGAAGCAGUGAUGAGAUUACGAAAAAUUCUACCACCAGGUGGAUUACCUUUGCGAAGAAUCCAUCGCCAUGUCCUAUAUCUCGUAGAAAUCUCGAGAGAAAAUCCUCCAUCGGAGAUACUUCGAGAGGAGAUCAAGUGAGCAGAAAUGAAGUAAAGAAGGACACUUCGAAAUGGCAGCCUUUAAGAAAGUUCGCGUCUUUGACAACUUCGCAGCUGAACUCGGUCGGUAAUUCGAGUAACUGUACCAGCAAUCAACAACAGUAUCGACAGAGUCAGGAUAAGAUUGGAAACUUGAGUCGCUCUCCCAUGAAGGAAAUUCGAGAGAAUGACAUAAUUAAAUCUACAGAACAAUCUCAACGUAAUCUCAGUCAACGUAUGAGGGAUCUUUACGACUUUAAAACAGAAAAUGAAUGGCCCAAAAGAAUAACAUCUUCGCACGAUCACAAUUGGAUCAGUAAGAGCAGCAGUGAGGAAGACAAAGGCUAUGUCCCGCGAAGAAGAAAUAGUCAGGAUUUAGAAUUUAAUGAUAGAACUAAAAACUCUAAAGGUCCUCGUGCUCGUCAACCAGGAACUUCUCACGAUGACGACGAUAAUAACAUCCACGAACUUCGUAAUAUUAAGGCACCUAACACCAGUGAUGUUUUUAGGCACGAUCAGGAAGAACGACUAAGGAAAUUCCAAGACAGGAUUCGCUUCAGUGAAGAUCUAGGAACCGAAAAGCUCAAGAUGCGUGAUAGAAGGACCUACUCCGACGACUAUGACGAGAGAAAUCAUCGCAAGAUGACUGAUGUCGAAUCCUUAAAAUGGGGUUCUUAUAAAAACGGCGCUGCUGAUUCACGCGAAGCUUAUUUGCAUAAAGAUGACAAGAGAAAUUCCGAUGCUAGUUAUAAAUCUCGUGAAUCUCGAGAUUCAUGUGUCAGCUAUGCGGAGAUCGACUUUUCCAAGAGGAAUUCUCGCACCAGUGACCAUAGCUAUGCAAGUAUCAAUUACACGGCUAGUAAAAGAGGGAGCGUCGAGUGUAAAACUAUAAGGCAAGUUGAUCUUCCACCAAGAAGAGCCUUUAGUCAGGGUGAGGACAGACCUGCUACUCCGGUUCCACCAGUGGAAAUGAAUGAUGCAUGUUCUUCUGUCAAGACCUCUUCUCCUAGACAAAAAAGGGAUAGCACUAGGAAUGUUGUGACUGAUGGAUUUUAAGUGAUUUUAUAUUGAAUAUGGAAUUACGUAUUUCAUUCAUCAAAUUAUUUCAUAAUUUUAUGAAAGUUUAUAGCACCAUACCAUUCGUGUACAUACAAGUACUUGAAUGUUGUGUUACAUGACUGUGACUGUAUAAUGGCAGAGUCCGAUGAACUGGAUGACUUCUAUUUAAGCAUUAUAUCUACAGCAAGAUAUUCUUGGAUUUAAUCUGUUUCAUGUAACGAAUUUGACUGGACCAAUGAAUGUAAAUUAAAUUUUGUAAAAAACAUUAAUUCACUGUUUGUAAUGAAGCUGUACGGCUCAUCAUAAUUAUGAAGUGUCGAUAUGUUAUAUUAUCAAAGAAUUCUUCUCGGUUUUAGUGAUACAUAAUUAAUUACUUAUGAAUUUGUCAACAACAAUGUGAAAGCCUAUUGUGAAAUUACUAGGAUUUUAACAGUUGAUUAAGAGUACCUAUGGAAUCAAAAAUAAAUAUGUCGUAACAAUGUUAU